AUGUCACUCCCUCAAAGUCGGAAGCCCUCUGCAGGUCAGCACAGGUAAUGCUGCUCCCUUCUCUCCCUAUAUGGUAUUUUUGCUAAUGUGUGAUGAUCUCAAGUGAUGAUGUAUGAAAAUGACUGCACCAAGCAGCACACACAUGUUAGGGUAAUAUGGUGCCACAUGUAUAGUGAGUGAGUUGUUGGAAGCAAGGCAUUGAUUUUGUUUGUUUUCUUAAUGUUAGUGACUGAUGGUCUCAUCAAUAUGUAACAUUAACAUAGCCUCUCUGUUACAGGCGGUCAGUGGCCACUAGCAGUGGGCGCCAUUCCUAUAGCGAUGCCUCCAAUACCAACACUUACCCCACCAACACUUACCCCGGCAGGGCUAGUGAGGGCAGUCCUACAGCCCGGACAUAUCCUGGCACACCCAGGUAAAACACAUCAUCUGUACAUCAUAUGCAAGACCCAUGCAAACAUAAUUUUGUUUUAAGAAUCUUAUUUUUUUUGGUCGAGGCCAAAAUAUCAUGCAUUAAAGAUGAUUCAGAAGAAAACAGAGCCAAUGUUUUUAGAAUAAGGUGCAAAUUAAAAAUGUAAUGUAGUCUUGAGAUUCAUAAUUUAUUAGGUGCAGAGCUUGCAUAAAAACCCCACUGACAUCUACUCAUAAGAUAUAAAGCCGGCUGCUCACCUCAGUGAAAACGAAUUCCUCUUCCUCAACCUCUCUUAUGAUGACAGUUCUUUACAGUUCAUUAUCUGAUAAUCUGAUGCAUAACUGAUAAUCACUAUAAACACCCCUAUGCAAACCCAGGCAUCAGGUGAAGCAUGCAACCUGCAGUGAUAACCAUGGGAUUUGGCCCCCCACACCAGAGCAGUACCUCACCCCGCUGCAGCAGAAGGAGGUGUGUAUCAGACACCUGCGAGCCAGGCUGAGGGAGAAUGUCCAGACGCUGCAGCACAGGUGAGUCUGAAGGGAUGCGUCGUGACAAAGAAGCGGAAUCUUUUUCAGAUAGGAAGUGGCUGACUUGUUUAAAAAUAGCAUAUUGUAGAUCUCAUAAAAGUGGCUCUUCCACAACCCAACUCUUGGGUUGCAUGCAACCACACUAUGAUUACAAAAAUAUCAACAUCAAUAACGGUCUAGCAUUUCACUACAGAAACUGGCCUGGGAUAGUAUCUCUAAGACCUUUUAAAGCUGGAAUCCUUCAUGGUGAAACUGCCACGUCUGUUUGGGAUAUUACAACAACAAAGAAGUUACUGCAAACCACGAACACUGUUUUUUUCCCCCUCUGACAUCAUUGCACGUUCGAUAGAACAGCAGAAUAUGUACUGCCAUUUUUUUACCACACUGCUCAACGCACCUUACCAUCUGUUUUGUCCACAAAACAAUAACAAAAGUGCAGGGGUGGAUAGUGGUGCUGUUUCCCCUAAUACGGAUUCCAUCUUUAAGGCAUACCAAUCAUUGAUUCUCUGCCCUAGGUAGCCCACAUACUCUCAACCUCUCUCUCUCUCUCUCUCUCUCUCUCUCUCUCUCUCUCUCUCUCUCUCUCUCUCUCUCUCUCUCUCUCUCUCUCUCUCUCUCUCUCUUUCUCUCUCUCACAGGGACAGUGAGAUAGCUGAGAUGAAGACCCAGCUGUGUCGGAUGCAGGAGGACUGGAUAGUGGAGGAGUGUCACCGUGUGGAGGCCCAGCUGGCUCUGAAGCAGGCGCGCAGGGAGAUCCAGCACUUACACGAGGUCGUGGAGACAGUACGAUCAAACCUCGGCACCCCAGAAAAAGCCCCCUACGGACAAAAGCCAUACCUCUCACCGCAGGGACCCCGGACAGCAAGGUCCCGCUCCUGUGGGUGCUCCCCAGCCAGCACCCUGAGCCGCAGCACCACCUACACCCGGCUGAGCAGUGAGGCCCUGCAUGUGGACCGCAAUGGAAACGCCCCAGGGCCUGACCCGCGUGCAGCGGCACGGGCAGAAAGGGGGCGGACCCAUCUGCAUCUGGAGGCGGCCCUUCUGUCAGAGCAGCAAACCCCGUCUGGCCCCGCCCUGAUCCACGGCCCCUCCUCCUCUACCAUGCCACGCUCCUCCACCUACGAGAGGCUGUGCAGUGGAGGGGCUUUGCUGCCAGUCUCCCACUCCUGCCACUCCCUGAAUAACAGCUGCAGGUGCAGCGGACACACCUACCUCCCUCAUCACCACCUCUUCCUUCACCUCCCCCAGGAGGAGCCCCCGGCUGCAUUGGCAGCGGUUGCUGCUGUCCCCGUGAGGGAGGCGAAACCGGAGGUCCGAUCCCAGGCCUGCAGCCCCACCAUGACCUGGGUCUCAGAGGAAGGAGGGGGAGAGGAGCUGAGCAUCAUCUCCCUGGAAACAACCGACAUCACCCCAGCCUACUCAGAGCAACAGCCGUUCCCUCCCUCCUUGUCUUCCUCCUCUCCCCCCCAGCCAUUCCCUCCCUCCUUGUCUUCCUCCUCUCCCCACCAGCCAUUCCCUCCCUCCUUGUCUUCCUCCUCUCCCCCCCAGCCAUUCCCUCCCUCCUUGUCUUCCUCCUCUCCCCCCCAGCCAUUCCCUCCCUCCUUGUCUUCCUCCUCUCCCCCCCAGCCAUUCCCUCCCUCCUUGUCUUCCUCCUCUCCCCCCCAGCCAUUCCCUCCCUCCUUGUCUUCCUCCCCUCCUCCCCAGCUCUCCUACAACCUAGAGCCGCUGCCUCCAGAUGGCCAUGUGGAGAUGACAAUGAUGCCAACAGUGGCCCAAACCUGCGAGCCCAAGCCUGGGCCACUGUUGUCACCAGAGAGGCAAGGAGGCACGACAGUGGUGGAGGAUGAAGAGAAGGGUGAAGCUGUUGAGGCUGUUGAAGUUGAAGGUGAAAACAUUGUGGGAGGGGAAGAGGGGGAGGACGGGGCUCCCCAGCGGAACUUCUGGAGCCGAUACUUACUGGUGGACCUGUUGGCGGUGGCAAUGCCGGUGGUGCCGACGGUGGCCUGGCUGUGCCAUGGGGCCUCGCGGGAGGUCAUGCCUGCGUACCACAUCGGUUCUCUGCUACGGGGCUGCUGCGCUGUGGCCCUUCAAUCUCUGCGACGCUCGGGACGUGGCAGUGGCCGUGCCCCCACAAGCAUGAAUGGGGCGACCAAUAUCUGA